UUUUCCCGCCUUCCCCCCGCCGGAAGUGACGCGCGCGGGCCGGAAGUGGCGGGCGGCCUUUCCGGUGUGGCGGCGUGAGGGGAGGCGGAGGCGAUGCCGACCGGGGACUCCAAGCCCAGCUGGGCUGACCAGGUGGAGGAGGAGGGAGGAGAAGAUGACAAGGUGAUCACCAGUGAGCUCCUCAAGGAUCUGCCCCUGCCCGGGGUCCUGGGAGGCACCUCCAGCGCCGAGGCCGAGCUGCUCAAGGGAGGGCCCCUCCCAUCCCCCAAGGAGGUCGUCAAUGGCAACAUCAAAACCAUCACCGAGUACCGCGAGGAGGAGGAUGGGCGCAAGGUCAAGAUCAUCAGAACCUUCCGGAUCGAGACCCGCAAAGCCUCCAAGGCCGUGGCCCGGCGCAAGAACUGGAAGAAAUUUGGGAAUUCCGAGUUCGACGCCCCCGGGCCCAACGUGGCCACGACGACCGUGAGCGACGACGUCUUCAUGACCUUCAUCACCAGCAAGGAGGACCUGAACUGCCAGGAGGAGGAGGACCCCAUGAACAAGCUGAAGGGUCAGAAGAUCGUGUCCUGCCGCAUCUGCAAGGGCGACCACUGGACCACGCGCUGCCCCUACAAGGACACGCUGGGGCCCAUGCAGAAGGAGCUGGCCGAGCAGCUGGGGCUGUCCACGGGCGAGAAGGAGAAACUCCCGGGGGAGCCGGAGCCGGUGGCUGCCCAGGUGAGCAAGACGGGCAAGUACGUCCCACCCAGCCUGAGGGACGGGGCCAGCAGGAGAGGAGAGAGCAUGCAGCCCAACAGGAGAGCCGAUGACAACGCCACCAUCCGCGUCACCAACCUGUCUGAGGACACGCGUGAGACCGACCUGCAGGAGCUGUUCCGCCCCUUCGGCUCCAUCUCCCGCAUUUACCUGGCCAAGGACAAAACCACGGGGCAGUCCAAGGUCACCUGGGGGCCCCGCCCCCUCCUCACGCCUUUCCCGCCCUUUUCCCGCCUUUUUCCUGCUUUUCCCGCCCUUUUCCCACUUUUCCCGCCUUUUUCCUGCUUUUCCCGCCCUUUUCCCACUGUUCGAUCCCGCUUUUCCCGCCUUUUUUCCUGCUUUUCCUGGGGUUUGAUCCCGCUUUUCUCACCCUGCUUUUCCCGCUGUUUGAUCCCGUUUCUUUCCCGUUUUUCCUGGGAUUUGAUCCCAUUUUUCCCGCCUUUUUUUCCCGUUGCUUUCCCAGGGUUUGAUCCCGUUUUUCCCGCCUUUUUUUUUUCCCAUUUUCCUGGGGUUUGAUCCCAUUUUUCCUGU